AUGUGCAACGGAAAGUGGCUCUCGGUGGUUGGGAUCGUGCUGUUGGGUGCAUUUUUGCCAACCGGUUGUGCGCUUCAGGUGAUAACAGAACCGUCCGGUGAGGUAACCGUCGCUGAGGGUCAGAAGAACGUCAACCUGCUCUGUCUCGUGGAGGAACCGGUGGAUUUUUGCAUCGUAAAGGUCCCAGGAGCUCCAGCACCAUUCGCAGCCAGCGAUAAGUUACCAGCCCCGGUGGAAGGCAUUCGAUUUUACGGACUCGGCUGGAGUAAGGGAUCCUGUGGCAUCACGAUCGACACGAUCAAACCGACCCAUGAUGGACCAUUUGAGUGCACCGUUUCCGUCAAGGGUCAAACCUACAAGGGCCAGAUCGACAUAACGGUCUCAGGUGAAGCAGUUGCCCCCGAACCACCGCAGAUUGAGCUGGCAAGCAACGUGGACAGCCGCAAUGGGGAGUUUGAGUUUGGCAAGAAGGUCACGAUGAGGUGUGUGUCCCGUAAUGGAUGGCCUGGUGCGAAGUUAUCCUGGUAUCUGGACGGUGUGAAGCUGACGGAUGACGUGGGCGCCGAGUUUUCGGAGACUUCCAACCGCCGGACGACGGUGGAGCAGAUCUACCGACGUGCGAUCGCCGUCGAGGAUAACCGCAAGCAGGUGACGUGUCGUGCAGAACAUCCGGCAUAUCCUGGUGGCUUUAUGGAAACGAGCCUGCCGAUCAAGCUGAAGAAAGUGUACACCAACGACAAGCAGGAGGUUCAGAAGGAAGAAACAUCGGAGCUUAAAAAGCCCAAAGCUCCCAAACUGGUCGUUUCUAGCGAGGUUUCCCAGCGCGAUGGUGCUUUCAAAGCCGGCAGUAAUUUGGUGGUGCAAUGCGUCUCACAGGACGGUAACCCACCGGCAGGAUUCCUGUGGUUCCUGAACGACCAGCUGAUCUACGAAGGACUCUCAGCGCCCUUCAUCAGUCGAUCCAGCCGAGGAAAUACGGUCCAGCAGACGCUCACGUAUCGGCUUAAGCCCACGGAUGCUGGCAAAACGCUCAUCUGCAAGGCUCGCCAUCCGGAAGGCAGCCAAGAAACGCGGCUACCGAUCAGCACCUACAACUAG